AUGAUCCCCGUCAGAGCUUACAAACGCGACGCCCAAAAUAUGACGCCGAUGGCACAUACCGAGGGUAUUGACGCUUCAGAGAAAAUGGUAACAGUAGCCGUUAAGACCAACUCGGCACCACACGUAACAUACAGUCAAUGGGACGCCCGAGCCGUGGGGGACAUCCCGGACUGGCGAAAGAGAUUCGACAAAGCUGUCCGUUUCUUCGUUCUCCACUGGAUUCCCGAGGAGACCCAAGCGCUCCGUAGCAUCUCGGCGUGUCUGAAGCCGGGAGGGCAGGCACUGUUCAUCAUCCGUUUCGAGAACCGCGACGACUCCUUCUUUUUACCCCGUGCGACUUCCUUCUUGAAAAGCCAUGAGAAGUGGGGUGCUUUUGUCGAGGACUACAAGUCAUCACUGCACUUUUGGGACCUAUCGGUCCCAGAAACGCAGAAAGUCUUCAAAGCACGUGGCUGGGCCGAGGCUAAGUGUGAAGUAUGGAGGCACGAACAGGUCCUGUCCGAAAUUCAGUUAAAAUUGUUUUUGGAUACAUGUCUUGGAGAAACACCGUUGAUACCAGCGGCAGCGCUGGAGGAUUAUCUGCAAGACCUGUGGCAGUGGGCGUUGGAUCGCUAUGGGGAUAAGACUCAGCCCGGACAUGUCCUCAUCACUUUGGAAUUUAUGGUCGUACACGCUUGGAAAUAA